GACCGCAGUGGGAUGGGGGACGCCACGCGCGCCCUUCCGGCUGCCCACGCCCCUCCUUGCCCCAGACCCGGAGCGGAAGUGGGGGCGGGUCACGGCGACCCGCGGAAGGGUGGGGGCCCCAGGAGAGGGCUGCACGUGGCUUCUCAGGGUUCCGGGAGUUCCGAGUUAGAGGAGCAGGCGCGGGGGUCUGGGGGCGCACAGGUCUCCGGCCGGGCCGGGAGGGCCAGAAGGGCGAACAGGUAGUGCUGAACCAGGGAGAAGGCAGCACCGGCCAGAGUAGGCCAGAGGCAGACAGCGUGGUGCGGGGCGGUCAGGACCGGGGUCCUGGGGUUGUGCCGCCUGCGUCAAAUCCUCGCCCCACUUCAUUCUCCCUGGGGACCUUUGGGCACAGACUGCGCCUCCCCAUGCCUCGGUUUACUGGUCUGCGAAGGGAGAGUGAUAAUGAGAGAGAGCCAGGCCCCAGAGAGGGACCACCCCUUCUGCCCCUCGGGGAGUUUAGAAUAUGUCGGUUAUUGCUAUUACUGUUUUCUCCCCGUUUUACAGAAAAGGAAACUGGGGCUCAGGAGGUUUCAGUCUGCUCUCAGAGCUGAAGCUGGCUGUGCCCUGGGGCCACAUCGCUGCCAAAGCCUGGGGCUCCCAGCAGGCCCACCCGGUUCUUUGCCUGCAUGGCUGGCUGGACAAUGCCAACUCCUUUGACAGACUUAUCCCUCUUCUUCCGAAAGACUUUCAUUAUGUUGCCGUGGAUUUCGGGGGACAUGGGCUCUCGUCCCAUUACAGCCCCGGUGUCCCGUAUUACCAGGAAAACUUUGUGAGUGACAUCCGGAGAGUUGUAGCAGCCUUGAAGUGGAAGCGUUUCUCCAUCAUGGGCCAUAGUUUCGGUGGUAUGGUGGGCGGAAUGUUUUCCAGUAUCUACCCCGAGAUGGUGGAUAAACUUAUCUUGCUGGACACAUUGCCAUUUGCCCUGGAUGCUAAAGGAGUAGAGGAAGUGCUGACCUACAAGCGGGGAGCCAUAGAGCACAUGCUGCAGACAGAGGCCUCCCAGAAACCCCGGCAGGUGGUCAGCCCAGAGGAGAUGCUGCAGAGGUUCCUGAAGAACAACAGUCAUGUGAGUGAGGAGUGCGCGCGACUCCUCCUUCAGAGGGGAACCACCGAGGUGGCCACAGGUCUAAUAAUGAAUAGAGACCGGAGGUUGGCUUUGCCGGAGUACAGCAUGGAUUUCAUCAGCAGGGAGCUGUUCGUGCACUCCGCCAAGAAGCUGCAGGCCCACGUCCUGCUCCUCAAAGCAAUCCAAGGAUAUUAUAACGUGAGAAGAGAGAAUGACAGUGACAGGAAUGUCAUGCUUUUUGCGAUAGACAUGCUGAAAUCAGUCCUAAAGGAGCGGUUCCAGUACAUACAAGUCCCGGACAACCAUUAUGUCCACCUGAACCAACCCCAGAACGUGGCCGGUAUCAUCAGCACCUUUCUGCUGAGCAAGGAGACAGCACCACACGAGCCGUAGCCUGGGCCUUCGGAGACCUGGUGCCCACCACCC